AAAUAAACUAUAAAUCAAGCUAACAUAAGGCCUGUUUUUUUUCCUGCAAACUCAUUAAGUCUAGUCAAGUUUAUUUGUAUUGAAAACAACUCGAGAAUACAAAGUAAAAGCAAAUACACGUGCCUUACUACAUCUGUAUUUCUGGCAGUAAUCCUGAUGAACUCUUGCAGAAGUAAUAGAUUUAGUAGCAAUGGAGCAAGCAGCUUAUGGCCUCCAACAAAAUCACACUGGACAAUAUGAAUUGUGGACACAUAUAAAUACAUACUAUAAUCAAUAACAAGAGCUGUGGCAUAUUAUGUGCUCAAGAAAGAAGGAUAGGUCUAUAAUUUAAUAAGACCUUCUCCUCCUUGGAUGGCUGGUGAAAUAAACAGAAAAUUGCAAAGUUAGAAAAUACAAAAUACUGACAAGCAGAUUAAAAUGCAACAAUAGCAUUAUCAUAAGUCCAAUACCUGCUCUCGUCCAGAAAAGAUAAGUUCAAGGAAUGAGUCAAAUGAAAUAAAGACAGGUCUUUUGUCAGACACUACACAGCCUGUGGCAUUUAUAUGCAGUUUAUUGUAGAUAAAUAUCAGGGUAGAUGGGUUUGUGUUUGCUCCACCUUGUUUCAUCUUACUUUGUAGUGUUUCCCUUAAAUAAGGAAGUAUCAUCUGUUUCAUUUGUUUAUUUCACUCUUUUUUCUUUUUCUAUUGUUGGGUAUUUCUUUUUCAGUACCCGUAUUUACCUUUUUUAUUUAAUUAUAGUUCUGAAAUGUAAAUGUAAAUGUUAUUCUGAAAGAUCCAGUAUUCAUAAAAAUGACUAAUUAUUAUUCUUUGAUGUGGCAGUGUUUUUACAGCACUUUUUCACUUUUAGCAAGUCAGUCCUAAAUUACAAUGGAGCCACUAAUGGCGUGUCUUUUCCCGUGCAGAGUGGGAAUCAGGAGAAGUGGGACAAAAUCAUUGGGAUGAGAGAGGGGACAUAAAACAGUAAUGCAGAGUGAAAGUAAAUGAAUACAGACAUCAUGGCUUGACACGGUUGUCUCCUCUCUGAUGGGAAACUUCUCUCUGCCCUGUGCGUCUCUGCGCUGUGUUGUCAGCCGUGAGUAGCAGCUGGUGGUGCAUGUGGUCCCCAGUAAAUCUGCUCUGCACUCAGAGCGGUAGCACGGAGCAGUCAGGACGCGCGGUCCACGCUCCCGGUGACUAUUUUGCCCCUCGUCUUUUUGGAGUUCAUGGCAGGAGUACGUGGCAAUCUCGUCCUUGCAAUUUGACUUAUGGCCGAGCCCAGGAUCAGGCGAUGAAUAACACAACCGGCUUGGCACUGGUAGGAGCUGGCAGCCGGGAGGAGUUACCGGCACACCGAGCUCUAACGGGCUGUGUCCUGGCGCUGCUUAUCAUUUGGACGCUUUUAGGCAACUUCACGGUAUGCGCAGCCGUUUAUCGCUACCGGCACCUGCGCGCCAAAGUAACCAACAUCUUCAUCGUGUCCCUGGCUCUGUCAGAUCUCCUGGUCGCCGUGCUCGUGAUGCCGUGGAAGGCUGUGGCUGAGGUGGCCGGUUUCUGGCCGUUUGGCGGGUUCUGUAAGACCUGGCUGGCCUGCGACAUCAUGUGCUCCACGGCCUCCAUCCUCAACCUGUGCGUCAUAAGUGUGGACAGAUACUGGGCCAUCUCCAGCCCUUUCCGCUACGAGAGGAGCAUGAACAAGAAAGUGGCUUCUGUUAUGAUCGGCGUAACCUGGACGGUGUCCGUGGUCAUCUCCUUCGUUCCCGUGCAGCUGAACUGGCACAGGGCGGAGAUCGGUGAACCAAGUGGGGAAGAUUUGGCGCUUCACGGUGAGAGCAUAGAUGGGAGCUGUGACUCCAGCCUGAGCCGCACGUACGCCAUCUCCUCCUCCCUCAUCAGCUUCUACAUCCCCGUGGCCAUCAUGAUUGUCACAUACACCCGCAUCUACCGGAUAGCCCAGAUGCAGAUCCGCAUGAUAUCCUCCCUGGAGCGUGCGGCGGAGCACGCGCAGAGCUGUAGGUCGAAUGUAAACCCUGAACUAGUAUUUCCUCACCUGUGCACAGAAAUCGGUGCCAACUCAUAUCAGUCUCAUAUCAGUCUACAUUCAGUUUCUCCAUGCACUAAUCAGUCACACCGGGAGCUCAAAGUCUCCAUCAGAAAAGAGACAAAAGUCCUCAAAACUCUGAGCAUCAUCAUGGGUGUUUUUGUCUGCUGCUGGUUGCCAUUCUUUAUCCUGAACUGCGCUCUGCCCUUCUGCCCUGGACCAGGGGUCCCGGGGGCACAGCGGGGCCCUCACUGCGUCAGUGAAAAAACCUUUGAUGUCUUUGUAUGGAUCGGUUGGAGCAAUUCAUCUCUCAACCCGGUCAUCUAUGCGUUUAACGCGGAUUUUAGAGACGCCUUUCUGCGCCUGUUGCGCUGCCGCGGACGAGGCUGCUGGGCCGCUGUGAGCGCAGCGGUGGAGACAGUGAUGGCGAGCAACGAAGCCGGGAACCUGAAGCAGGAGAGCCCGCUGAAUGUGACGCUGGGCGUCUCCUGCGCCACGAACACCAGGGGAAGUCAGGACAGCGGGAACACCACGGUGACUGUGUGUUACCACAGAGGGACAACCUCGGAGCAGGUGACGGACACCGAGGAAAGCAACGACAAGGACAGACUGACGCAGAUACCGAUAUGACGGGUCAGGGAGCCGGUCAAAUAUGCAAAGAAGGUGGAUGGUGUGCACAUCCAACCCCAAGUGUAGUUGUGGGACAAACAAAAAAGGCAAUACAGACAAAAAUGACAACUCCACUUUGGGUCUCCUGACAGAAACAGCUAUUAUUCAUAUUUUACAAUGCAUAUGAAAAACACAUAAUGUCAUUUUCUUUCUUCAGGAUGUGUUUUAAUGAAUUUGGGGUAAUUGUAGGUGGAGUUGUCACUUCCUAUUUAUCUAUAGGCUUUUUAUAGCUUAAUUUUUGUUCAUACCCAACAAAGAUUUUGUGGGUUGUGGGUCAUAAAAUGUAUUGCCAGACUGAAAAAUUCAGUGAGGACUACCUCUCUUUUUUCUUAAGAUGGACAGAUGAGAUCUGGGUAAAUAUAGUGAGGCCCUACAGCAAGAUUAAGCAAGGAGUGUUGUUCAGCAGGAUUUACAAUUAUUUUUCUGUAGCCUCAGUUAAAUCAAGUGGAAAAGCAACUUCAUUAUUCCUGUAUGUGUUACUUAUUUGAGAAGCAGUCACAUAUGACAAAAGGAGUAAGGCAGAUGCCUGUAUGGGCCUCAAGCAAGAUGGGGCAGGUGUAUAGUUUUCUUACUCUGUGUUAGAUUAGAAUAGAUGUUGUACAUGGAUGAUAAAACACCUUAAAUUCACAUUGCUGAAGUAAUUUCAGUAAAUUCUCAGAUGAAACUUAACAGCAAACAAGUGAAAUUAUAUCACCCACUUUUACAUGAAAAACACUGAACGUUAGAUCUACCAGGGACAGGGUUUUGCAGUAUAUGGCCAUUCAAGGCCACGUCGUUGGCUUUGCUCACUCUCUCUUUCCCCAUCAUGGAGAGAGAGUUACCAGAGGUCAGGAUUUCUCUGAAUCUCUAGAAAUGGGAUUAUGUAAGUAACUCACAUUAGCACCCGUCAGCUGUGCGUCUUGGUGAAUGCAGUGUGCACUCUGUUUCCCCCCUCUAUCUCCUGAAAGAAACAAACAUGAAUAAUUUGUAAAGGUUGUUCCUGUGAAAGAUGCCCUGACCAGUGAGAACACAGAAGCUUUUAUGGUGACAACCCUCAAAAAUACAGGAUGUGAUUAUUGUCUAUGCAGUGAGGCUGACGCAGCUUCAUAUCCUGCUCCGUGAUGAACUUUCUACAGAUUAACUGAUCAUUGUUGUUUAAUGAGACUUCCUUGUUAGUGUUAAAAAUGAAAGCGUGUGUUAUAACCUCAAGGAGCCAUGAGCCUUAAUGGAGUCAACAACAAUUAUGAGCUUAUCCUGAGCUGCAAAUAUUUUGUUGGAGGUUGUGAUUAUAUUAAGAUUGAGAGAAAUAGUUCUGUUGGUAAAUACACUUAUUUGCAUUUUUGUUGAGAGUUAGAUGAGAAGACUGAUGUUCCUCUCAUGCCUAUACGCUAAAUAUUAAGCUACAACCAGCAGCUGGCUCUGUCUGAAGGUAAGGAAAUAGUUUGACACAUAACCUCCAGUAACACAAGAAAUUACCAUUUUUUACACUUUGGUACAGCUACUGGCUGUAGCUUCACUUUUAAAAGGUGCUAUAUGUACGUUUUUUCUAUCGCUGCAUAGCCAACGUUAACAUUAACAGCAGCUGUUAACUCACCAGUCUAAAAAACAUUGCAAUUAGCGUCAAACUUCCUUUCUUUACCCACCAGAACUGUCUCCACUGUCGGAAAGCAGCACCAAUGCUAACUUUUAUCUCUUCUUAUCUCUCUUCUGUACUUGUACUGACGUUAGCAUGCUAACCAGCCCUAGCCUGUCCCAUCGUAGCCUAUUGAGUCACCGAGCAUCCAGUCUGUUCUCAGUUCAGCAUGAGUGGAUGAAGAGAUAGUACUGAUCACAGGACGUAUUCUAACCUCUUAUCUUGUCAAUUCAACGACGAUUGAAGCUCUUGGCUAGCGACCAUCACCACGCAGCAGAGAAAACUGACAUAUGGCACCUUUAAAGCAAUACUUUGACAUUUUCUAAAGUACACUUAUUUGCUUUAAUACCAAGAGUCAAGUUAGAAUUAUACUUGCCUAGGCUACAACUAAGCAAACAUGCACAGGGGUCGUUUGCAUAUGUUUGCGUCGCUGCUUCUUUUAACACAAAUUACAUACAAUUAGUUGCUUUAGAUUUGUUUUUCGUCUAUGUUUAGAACGCACCUCCUUCCGACAGUUUAAUCAAACAAUCAGCUUGCUUAACAUGCAGGUCUGCAGAGUGUGUUGAUGAGAUUUGGGAAGUGUGUGUUGGCCCCUCUGCGAGCCACCACUGUUAUCCGUAACACACUGUGCAGGUUCUCAGAGACAUUUACAUGUAUUUUUGGAGAAGCAUAAUUACAGCUUUAGUUGAGAAGCCUGAUACCAAUAUCACGUCUGUACAAUAAUUACAACAAUUAGCUUAGCAUAAAAACUGGAAGCAGGGAGAAAUAGCUAUCAAGGCUCUGUCCAAAGGUAACAAAAUCCACCCAACUCAUUAUAUCAUUUUUGGCUUUACAGGGGAUUAGGUGCAAAGCUUUUGAGAGCACUUGGGUUUUUGAAGCAAUUAAAUGAGCUGGCUAUUACUUGUUAAUUGGAAAACUUUAGUAGUUCUUUAGUAGUUUUUUGUUACCAUCCAACUCUUAGCAAUAAAGCAAAUAAUUGUAUUUCCCAAAAUGUCAAACUAUUUCCUUAAAUUACACAUAUUAUGGAUCAGUGCAGCAACAAAUAAAAAGACAUAUUUUCCAUUUUUACUCAAAACAUAUAUAGUUAACACAUGUAUGAUCUGUAUUAGGCACCAGUGAUAACAUGUUUGUGUCUGUGUUUAUUCUGAUUAUGCAAGAGCAGAAAGACACAGAGAUGGUACAGUAUACUGUACAAUUGUUUCCAGAUGGGAAGUGUGUGUGCAGCCUUAUGGUAUUGGCUGUGUAAUGGGCUUGUAACCUACAUAGAACAUCCAUCAGCUAUAGGCAUCUCCAACUGUAUGUAAGAAUAGUCACCAUACCAAAGAAGAUUAAUAAAACAGAGGUCAAAUGAAUUUUUAAAAGCGUGUCUCCCAUUUACAGAAGUUGCAUGUAGGUUACUGAGUGAGAAAAGUCAUUACAGGCCUGACUGAAGCGCAGUUCAGAGAGAAAGUGUGCAGGGGUCUUUUCUCAGAGGAAUGAAAAAGUGAUUACACCUAUUAAUAUUGACUGAAUAAUGACUGCCUUUAUUUCAUUCUGUUUCCAUCUCAUUCUCAUGUGGUCCAAAAGGAGCUCACUGCAUUAAUGUGCCUCCCAGGGUAGUUGUGUCCACCUGGGGAUGCUUUUAAUGGGCUACAUCUACCCAACUUGAAUGUGCGAGAGUCAAAUGAGCCCUCCAUGUCGCAGGUAAGACAUACAGAUUGAGAAAGAGUUUCAGAAGGAGGUGAGAAGAACCAGUUAUCAGCAGCCUAUUAACUAUCAUGCAUUGGCCAAUGGACAAGAUCACACACAGUGUCUUGUGACCCCUCCUCACAGGUUACUCUAAUUGUCUGACUUGAAAACCUGUUACAAGGCUAAAGAGAUCAAACUCAGAUUUCACAAAAAAGCAAACCAAUGUCCAAAAAAUGAAUAAAAUUUUAUUGUAGCAGAAUAAUGUAUUUUCUUUUUUCUUUUACUAUGAAUCAUCUUGUGACUAUUUAUCUCGUAGACCCACUGGAAUUUGGAAAGCACUGCUUUAGCAAACAUGUUUCUGUACAUUCAUGUUGAUUCAUCUGAAUACAAAGUAACAUUAACAUGUCGAGCACUUUAAUUGUUGCUAGCAAAUAAAACUGGACAAUCAGAUUAGUUUAUAGGUUUACAAAGCACUGAAUGGUUCAUCCUAUCUUUUCACUUAAGACACAAUUUUGAAAGCACUGAUUUUAGGAUCUACAAUUUUACUGAACACAUAUAAAGGUUGUUUAAAGAACACAUAUCCUUGCAAGUAUCAUAAUGGAUGUAGUGUCCCUUUAUAUGUCAUACACAUAGAUAUUGGCUAAUGGAUUUGCUUUACCUCACACAGACUGUCUUUUCUCCUUUGAUCCAGUUUGUGAAGUCUUUCCAUGUGAAAGACCUAAUCCUCUCUGGUCUCUUUGGGGACAUGGGAUCAGGUUGUUGCUGCGUUUCCUGCAAUAAUCCUGGUUCUCCAGAGGGAGACGUCCCCAGUCUCA